CAACCGGACAAAUUCAAGUCCACCGCCACCAUGGGAAUGCUCCACAGCAUCUCUCUCAGUUAUCUGGUCAGCGGUCAGGACAAAUGCAAGUCCGAAGUCCGCAGCCCGCAGUCCGGCGGCAACUCUAACUCUGGGACUUUGAUGUGAGAUAAAUAUCCUGCACGCGCCUAUAUGUAACAUGUACAAUAGUAUGGGUGGGAAAUAGAUUCAUACACAUUACUAAUCUAGGUUGUGCCUCGUCUACGUAUACUUGAAAGGUAUCGUGGUGGAUAUCUCCACAAACACAUCUACACUAUGUCGCCCUCUGCUGUCUUGGCAUCCAAAUCCUACAGUAUUGCCUCCAUACCAGCCGACGGUAUCGGACCCGAGGUUGUGGAGGCGGCUAUCGAGGUCCUCAACAGCCUCGCCGAAACUCUUGGCACGUUCACGUUCAACUUCACUAACUACGACUGGAGCUCCGAGACAUACAAAAAAACUGGAAAAUACAUACCUAAUGGUGGUCUGGAAGAACUGAGGAAACAUGAUGCGAUCCUCUUUGGUGCCGUCGGCGCACCAGAUGUACCUGAUCACAUCUCCCUCUGGGGGUUGAGGCUGGCCAUCUGCCAGCCUUUCCAGCAAUACGCCAACGUUCGCCCUACCAAGGUAUUCAGGGGCACACAGUCGCCUCUUCGUAACUGCAAGACGGGAGAUCUGGACUGGGUCAUCGUGCGCGAAAACAGUGAGGGCGAGUAUGCCGGACAGGGCGGUCGGUCUCACGCAGGGAAGCCCUGGGAGAUAGCAACCGAGGUGUCUAUCUUCACCCGUCACGCCGUCGAACGUAUCAUUCGUUUUGCCUUUGAAACGGCGCAGAGUCGACCCCGCAAAUUACUGACAGUUGUCACUAAGAGCAACGCACAGCGCAACGGUAUGGUACUGUGGGAUGAGGUCGCCGCUGCUGUAGCCAAGGACUUCCCCGAAGUGAAGCAGGAUAAGAUGUUAGUGGACGCCAUGACCUGCCGGAUGGUGCUACACCCCGAGUCACUCGACACGAUUGUCGCGACCAACCUCCACGCCGAUAUUCUAUCCGAUCUCGCGGCUGCCCUCGCGGGAUCGAUCGGUAUCGCGCCGACCUCGAAUCUUGACCCAACAAGGCGAAACCCCAGCAUGUUCGAGCCAAUCCACGGGUCCGCUUUUGACAUCACAGGAAAGGGAGUCGCAAAUCCAGUUGCUACGUUCUGGACGAGUGCGGAGAUGCUUGCAUGGCUCGGUGAGAAGGACGCCAGCCAAAAGUUGCUGGACUCGGUGGAGCGCGUCUGUGAGAGGGGAAUCGUGACGGCAGAUCUUGGCGGGACGGCCAAGACAGCAGAUGUUACCAAGGCUGUUAUUGAAGAUAUUCUCGCCUCGUAUGGCAAAGGGGGCAAGUAAACUUGAAUAGAUUUGAAUUUGCCAGCAUAAGCGGUCUGUUUUGUUCGCCGCCGCCGCCUGCAGCUCAGCGACUCGAUAUCAUCUCCGGCAGUAGUAGGCUGGGCUGCACUGGAAAGGCAGUCUCGUGAAAUAUGUGUGUGACCUUCAUCAUUCGUUCUUUCUGUUUUUUCCCCCUCUUUCGCGUAUAUACAAGAGAGAAAGAACGAUCAGAAUGUGGACUAGCUCCGCAAUGACCCGAAACCGUGACGUGACUGUUUGGGCAAAGGAAAGAAGCAGGGCCUUCGAGCGCUCAUAUAUAUGUAAGUAGCCGCCUCGCCGCCUCGACACCCUCCGUGAAAUCAAAAAUCUCCCACUGUCU